ACUCUUCUUUGUAUCUCUUUACAUUUGCCUUGUUCAGUCAUCAAGAGAUUCCAUCUGAAUUGUGAACAUAAGCAUGAAGAAUCUCGGGUUUACGGUUGGAUUCGCACAGUUCUGGAGCGCGGCUUCUUGGAAGUUCACUUGGAGUCCUCGCGUAUAAGCUAGACUCAAUCUUCAACCAUGGGAGCAACUUAUUGACUCAGACGAUGAUACAGACGAUGAGGGUGAUUUUUAUGAUUAUGAUCCUAAUUGGGAAGCAGUUUCGAAAGAUGCUACGGGUCUGGUUGCAAUGAUAAGCAAUGUUAAGACCCUUCACUUGUCUUCAGAUUCUCUUGAGGUAUUUCACUCUCUGUGUAAAGCAAUGCCAGCGUUUCAAAACCUCCUUAAGUUAUCGUUUGAGAGUGACAAAGAAAGAGGCUGGCAAGUGGUGCCACUUCUUCUCAACAGCUCUCCAAACCUGGAAACUUUAGUCAUCAAAGGACUUGUGCACAAAGUUACUAAUAGAUGCGGGGACGCCUGCAUUUGCAUCCAUAUUGAUAGGAAUUUUGAAGUUUGGGUGGUGAAUCUUAAACUUAUCUUGAAUCCUGAGACUUUUUAUCUGAACUGCGGUUUUUCUUUGCAAGGGAUGAAUCAGUUUAAGCCAACAUUUUUGGGGACUGCUGAUCCAAAUUUCGAGCUCAGCAAGCUAACACUCAGAAGUGUCUACGGGCUACCAACUGAUCGAAUUUACUCUACCUAUUUUGAGGGUGAUGUGAAAGCUGGUCUUCAACCUGAUAAUGAAGCUGGAGAUAUAUGGCUUAAAUUUCUUCCAUCUGGACGAGUUAUGCCCUUUGAUUGCAAAGACAACUUCUGGGAAAUGGGAGACACUGGUCCAUGUGGACCUUGUACUGAAAUACAUUAUGACCGUGAUGCUGCAUCCUUAGUUAACAAGGAUGAUCCAACUUGCUUAGAAAUAUGGAAUCUUGUCUUUAUUCAGUUUAACAACUCUGGAAAAGUUGGUGCUGACGAUGUUGACAGAGUUGGCACGGCAUAUAGAGUGGUCGCUGAUCCUAUUAGAACUCUAUCAAUUGCUAUUGUGAAUGGAUCUCGGCCUGGUAGCGAGGGUCUUCAACAUGAUCUGAGGAGUAUUCUUCGUGGAGCGGUUCGAUAUGGAAAAGAUAUUUUAAAAGCCGAGGAAGGGUAUUUCAACGACUUGUAAGUUCUGUUAUUCGGGUGAUGGGCGAUGUCUUUACUUUACGGAGUUAAAGGAACAUGAAAAGAAGAUCACAGAGAUUAUAAAAGAAGAGGAAGCAGGCUUUUGCAUAACCUUGGAAAAAAGGGAAUUGAGAAGUUCACAAAGUUUCUCAGGAAGUUGAGGGGAAUACAUUGUCUGGGGAGAG